UGUAGGAAACCUUUUAUUUAAAAUUUAAUUCGUUAGUGAAGAUUAAUUGCGGAUUGAAACAUUCGUCAGUGAAACAAACACACCUUUUUUUCCUGGACGCCUUAAAUAAUUUUAGCGCAACAUGGCGGAAAUUAUGCUAGAUGUGUCCACCGUUGUGGGCUCGUUCGGAAGGUAUCAGUUCGUUGUUAUGUUAUUGACGGUUCUUCGAGCUUUCCCGACAUCGUGGACGCUUACUAGCAUCGAUUUCUUAGCUGGAGACGUGGACCACUGGUGUUCUCCGCCAACUGUAUUGCAGGAGGGCGAGGUGGAAAACAACCUUCAAUUUUGGAAAGAAAAUGGUAUACCACGUAUAAAUGGAAAGCUAAGCCGCUGCCAACGUUACGUUAUAGUAGAGAAUACAAUAUGGCCAAAUAUUACCGAGGAGUGUGAUAGAUGGGAAUAUAACAUGUCUGCGCCAAGCAGCAGUGUGGUGGAGUGGGACCUUGUAUGUAAGCGCGACUGGAUGCGCUCGGCAAUGCAGAGUGUUUCGUUUGUAGGACAAUUUAUUGGAGCUUUAUUUAUAGGUCAACUUUCAGAUUGGUACGGAAGACGAUUUAUGUUGUUGGUUUCAACGGCGUCUGUGUUUAUAUUUGGUACGGUAGCUGCCUGGAGUACAUCAGUUCAUGUUUUCAAUGGUUUUCGUUUUCUACAAGCUAUGGCCGUAUCGGGUCUCCAGACAACGACCGCGACACUUUACACCGAGAUCUGCCUUCCCCGUGACCGGAACCUUUUAAAUAUCGGUUUCUCGCUCGGAUUUACACUACCCAUGAUACUUCUUCCUCUUCUUGCAAUGGCUCUCAAUAACUGGCGCUGGGUACAGAUUUCAGUAGGACUUUCAACUAUUCUUAUGCUACCGUGCCUCAUAUUUAUUCAGGAGUCCCCUCGAUGGUUACUAGCAAAAGGGCGCUUAUCAGAGGCUAAGACUGCUCUAACCAGGAUAUUUCGUCAAAAUGGUCGCGAGUGCCCAGACUUGGAAGAGUUAACCCCUGCAUUGAUAGCAAAGGCGCAAGCUGACGCCGCUUCUAAAAACCUCACACUUAGCGACAUAUGGUCACAUCGUCGACUCCGCAAUAACUUGUUGAUGCUUCUUAUUUACUGGUUUUUCGAAAAUACAUUUUAUUUUGCCAAUGCUUUUUUAUCAACGAAGCUGGGGGGCGGCCGCUUCAUGAGCUUCGCUUUAUCUGCCGCAGCUGAAAUACCUGGAGGCAUUUUAAGUAUCUUUCUCAUUCGCUAUAGCCAUCGAAGGACGUCUCUAGCAAUUACUCUGCUACUGGCAGGAAUUGCCUCAUUCAUUUUAGCGUUCACUCCUACGGACAUGGUCUUUAUUCGAUUAGGGUUAAACAUGACGUGUCGCUUUCUUCUCGUCAUGUCAACGGCCAUCAAGUGGAUUUACACGUUCGAACUAUUGCCUACACCAGCGAGGGUUUUUGGUUUUGCAUGCUGCUUUUGCUGCGGCCGGAUCGGAGGUAUGAUUGCACCGUUUAUGCGUGACCUCGCAAACUGGCGAGCAUCUGCCCCACAUUUAAUUCUCACAGCUUUUUCUUUAGGCGCUACAGCCACAUUGAACUUCAUUCCGGAGACCCUUAAUCACGACUUACCUGAUAGCUUUGCCGAGUCAAACGCGAUUAGUAAAAAAUUGAAAAAUACCAAAUAGGAUUGUUUUAUUUGCGUAGAAAGAAAUAUACGAGACGACGCACCGUAACGGCGAAAUUGUGAAGUGCAAAAAACCUACUCGAUGGCAAUAUGGGGGCAAAUAAAUUGGAUACGUUUUAAUCAUCUGUUUUGUCUACUGUUUAGGUUGGGUCACAAGUGAGACACAGCUCAGUGUUUGUAGUACGCGCAGUACUUAGGGCCUAUGAGAACAACGGCAAGUUAGUUUUUUCUGUGUAAGGAAUUUAGUUAUCUCAUAAUACGCUGGGCUUUUUAAAUAUAGUUGUGUAUUAAACAGUAUUAUAAUGGCUUGAGCCGGCACUGGUUAAAAAUCUUUGAAAACCCUCUUUAACCAUUACCCUUCCUUGUUGCUUCAUUCUUGUCGAUUUAAAUUAUAAUCCUUGUAAAAAUUAUAUCUAUGAUAGAAUUAUUUCCCCUAAUUAUGUAUUUUAUAGAAACACGAAUACUUGUGAAUUAGGCGAUUGAUAUUGUUUCGAGCGUUUAGACUGGCGUAUUGAUUUCGUUAACUGAGAUUGAUCUGUUACUAAAUCUUGUUGCUAAUGAAAUAUAGCAUUAUACGAUGGUUGCUAUGCGACCUAAAGGAUAGGCUGUUCACGGUAGCUCGUCGAGGUAGUUCAAAUCCGAAUUAUCCUCUUUAGAUCUAAUUGUCUAGUGAUUAGUGAGCAAGCAAAUGUAUAAGCUUCUUGAUCACUCGAUGCGGAUUUCUGAGCUGGUUGGUGGUUACUAGGGAAAAUUGCCUACUCUAUCUUGUCUGGCCUAUACUGCAUCACUGAGCAAAUCUGUAAUAACGAGUUCCAUGCGCUAUCGAUAUUUUUGUGUUUGCAUAUUACGUCAAUAACAUACAACAUACCGCGAGAUCGGUAUAGGCCUAGACACAAUUCGUUUGUUUCAUGUAAGCCAUUUUAAUUACUGUGAUAAAUUCGUCUUCUUAGUAUCCCCUACGAUCGUGCUUUUUGUGCAUUUCUACACGGUACUGAUUAAUAAGUAAGUGCUAUCCAAUGAUUAUCUGGUUGCUUAGUAUUACUUAAUCCAAAUCAAACAACUGCAGUAUCUAUCCCCUAUUUACAUGCAAGGUGCUACUGUGCUUUAAUGACGGCUUCGGCAGAUUGGAUCGGUGUUAACUGGAAUUAAAAGCACCUGACUAACGAUAAAAAUAAUAUUUGAAGGAUGAUAUCAAGCCUGAAUAUCGUGUUUCCUAUGCUAAUAUUGCUGCCAUAUCAAAAAAUCUUUUCAGUACUAUAAAUUUCAUUUAUUAUUGCAAAUGCAAAUAUUGGAAUAGUGUUAGACUUGCUGUGUCUGCUAUG